AUGCGCCCCCUACAGGCGGCGCUCCCCCACUGCCGCUCCUCCUCCUCCUCCACCUCCUCCUCCUCCUCCUCCUCCUCCUAUACUCCGCUCUCUGACUCCGCGGCUCCUCAUUCACUAGAAGAUGGCGGACUGCGCUCCACUAUUAGAUGAGGAACUCUCGUCCUUUGUCUUCAAUUACCUGACAGAAAACUCCGGCAGCCAGUAUGGGGAGGAGGAGGUGUGUUCGGACCGCUUGGACACUGACUUCCCGGACAUCGACCUCUCCCAGCUGGACACCAGCGACUUCGACAGCGUCAACUGCCUCAGCGAGCUUCAGUGGUGCAACGAUCAGCCGUCGGACGCGUCGCCGGCCUCCAUCCACUACAGCACGGCGGAUGAGCUCUUUGAGAUAGAAGAGGAGAACGCGGCGCUGCUCGCCGCGCUGACGGACAGCUUGGACGGCAUGGUGGACGCCGAGGUGGGCGGGCUCUCCGUCUUCCCCGCCCUCGGGGAGGGGCCCGACCGGGAGGAGGACGAGGAGGACGACCUGCCGCUCGGCGCCGAGGACUUCAGCCAGUCCAUGGGGGCGGAGACGGACGACCCGUCUCUACUGAAGCAGCUCCUGCUGACUCCUCCCAACGUGCCCGCCGCCGCCACCACCACCGCCGUCGCCGCCGCCGCACACAAAGACAGAGUCCACGGCCAUCGCUAUAGCAACAGGAGCCUGCAGCUUCGGCCCACGAGGCCCCCGGUCAAGAGUGACCUCCGUCAGGAGCGGAAGCCCCGAGCGGUGCGUCCCGCGGGCCGCCUGUGCACCGAGCUCCACCGCCACCUCACCACUGCUCGGGCGCCCGAGGACACGGAGGAAGACGAGGAGGAGGAGGAGGACGACGAGGACAGCGAGUCGGAGGAGGACGACGACGACGAAGAGGAAGAGGAGUCUUCCAGCAGCGAGGUGGAGGGCGUGGCGGUGGCGUCCCCCGCGGCGGUGGCGGCGGCCCCCGCCGAGCCGGCGAAGCCUCAGUUCAGCUCGGAGAAAGAGCUGCGCUCGGUGGUGGAGCUCAUCACGUACAUGCACACCUACUGCCUCCCCGUGCGCAAGCAGCAGGGCUGGGACCGCAAGGACCGUGACGCACCGCGGCCCCGGGCCAGACCCGAGGCGCCGCGCCCGGCCGCCGCCAGAGUCGUCCUGGUGGCCGCUCCCGGGGGCGCAACCGGGGCGGGCGGCGUCCCCAGGAGGCUCCCCUUCGCGAGGAGGAGGGAGAUGAAGGCCAACUCCCUCCUCCGCGAGCUCCUGCAGCAGAGCAGCUCUUUCGACGUGAGCAAGCCUUACAGACUGCACAGCCCCCCGUACUCCCACUCGCACAGCCCCAGCAGGGUGCCCGCGCCCUCCGGCCCGGCCAGAUCCGCCACCCCGAAGCCGGAGUGGCGUAAAGACUCCUCGUCCCCCGAGAGGAGAAGCCGCUCCUACGAGGCUCUUCGGAGCCACGAGGAGGCGGAGGCGGCGGCGGCGGCGGUGGAGCCGGAGGACGGCGGGUCCUUCUCCGUGCGUCGCUCGCGCCGCCUGGCCUCCUUCCCCAGCCGCUUCGCCAAGAGGCUGCGGCCUGGACGGGCCAGGGAUGGGGAGAGGAGGGACCGGGAGGAGAGGGAGGUUAAACUCCUGCCGACGCAAGCGGGAGGCAGGACGACGACGACGACGGCGACGGAGCGGCUGGCGGCCGGCGACGAGCAGAACGAACCCUGCUGCCACAACGAGAAGCGGGCCUGCCUCUGUCUGACCCUCGACCCCAAGUCCACCGGAGAGUCCCAGUACAGCACCAAGCCUUUCGAGCAGACGCUCGGCGUGGAUCUGUGUGGAACGGCAGGUCUCACCCCUCCCACCACCCCGCCUCACAAACCGGUGGAGGAUGAGCUCUUCAAACCGGCAGAGGGAGGAAAAGGAGGCGAAGGUGGCGUCGGCGAGUCGGUCCUCGCGGACGCCAACGCAGCCGCCAAGGGCUCGUCCCGGCUGAGCCGCGCCCACCACCAGCGGAAGCUCCCGGAGCAGACGGAGCUGUACGCCCAGCUGCGGCGCAUGGGCCAGGCCGGCGACAGCGGCACCCACCGGGCGUUCGGCGACCACGACUACUGCGCGCUGAGCCUCGGGGAGAGCCGCAAGCGCAGCGCGGCCAUGCUGGGCGCCAUCUUGCAGGCGCAGGGGGGCGGCGGCGGAGACGGCCAAACCGGAGAAGCCGACGAUCGGGUGUCGGGCGGGAACGGGAGGGACGGCGGGGAAAGGCCGGUGGCGUCGGGAGGCGGCGAACAGCUCGAGCGGCAGAGCGCGGCGGCGAUAGCGGCGGCGGCGGCGAUGGCAUCGGCGCCGUUGACGCCGGCGUCGCGCUGCCAGGCGCCCGCUGCCACGCCGCCGGUCUCAGAGGAAGAGGCGGAGCGCUCGUCCGCGUCCCGCUCGCCCUCGCCCGUCCUCCACCUGUGCCCCGACUCCCCCGCCAGCAAGACGGACUCCAGUGAGAACUCUGAGAUCUGCCCCGACGACAAGCAGAGGAACAAAGCCAAGUGUGACGAGGACAACUGCCAGGUGUUUUACAUCCACAACCUGCCGACCAGCGUGACCCAGAACAUGCUGCGGAAACGCUUCCAGGUCUUCGGCAAACCCGAGGACUGCAAAGUCAUCAUCUGCAACGAGGAGCGCUGCGGGGUGAUAAAGAUCCGCCAGGCGGGGGUCCAAAAGCACUGGAGGGAGCGGGAGACCGUUUUCCAGAACGAGCCCCCGGGCCUCAGGAGGCUGGCGAGGAAGCGCUACAUAGACCUCGACGAGGCGGGCCCGGGCCCCGUGAAGAGCAAGUACGACGCGCUGGACUUCGACACUCUGCUGAAGGAGGCCCAGAAGUCCCUGCACCGCUGACCCCCGACACGGGGGGGGGAGGGGGGGCGGGGCCACAGCACUCGGUGAACUGCAGCGACGCCCCCUGCGACCGCACGGCCCCGCCCUCAAGACAGCCCUCUUAGUUACCUCCAUGCAAGGCGACCUCGCGAAAUGUUUACAUUUUUACCAAUGGAAUAAAGUAAUG